GUUUGGGCUUAUUUUGUAGGCGUGAAUCGUGAUGAGCCGGAGACCGUGGAUCUAAAUCCACCUCCUUUUCCCUUUCCUUUCUUUGAAAAAGAAUAAAAAGAAUCAAAUUAGCAGACGCAAUUGGACUGAAAAACCUAACUGUCAUCGUGGAACUUUUCGACAGUUGAUUUAUGGUUCUUCUUCCCCCUUUCCUUUUUCCCAUUUCCCAUUUCUCAUUUCCCAUUCUUUUGGAUCAUUUUGUUCUUCCCCCAAUUUUUGUGCUGAGAUUCUAAAACCGUAAUCAAACGAGAUUUGAUUUUUCAACAACCCUAACAGCGAGAAACUUGUUUGUAAUUGGAAGAAAAUGAUCGUCUCUGGGUUCUGUUAGGGUUUUGUUUUCUAUUUCUGUCGUGGGUUCUUGAAAUUUUACAUUUAGCAAAGAUUUGAUCGAGUUAAUGGAGACCGCUCGUUCGGAAACAGGAUCUUUCGCCCAAACCGAAAUUAAUUGGGACAAGCUUGAUAAAACUAAGUUUUACGUGGUAGGAGCAGGAAUAUUUACAGGACUUACAGUUGCACUCUACCCAAUAUCUGUGGUAAAAACAAGAAUGCAGGUAGCUACAAAAGAGUCUGUUGAAAAGAGUGCAUAUGAUGUUAUUCGAGGUUUACUGAAAACAGAAGGCAUCCCAGGUUUAUACAGAGGUUUUGGCACAGUUAUCACAGGGGCAAUUCCGGCAAGAAUUAUAUUUCUGACAGCAUUGGAGACCACAAAAGUUGCUGCUUUCAAAAUGGUUGACCCGUUUAAGCUUUCGGAUCCUACAAAAGCUGCUAUUGCUAAUGGACUUGCUGGAAUGACAGCUUCCCUUUGCUCUCAGGGUGUCUUUGUUCCUAUUGAUGUGAUAAGUCAAAGAUUGAUGGUUCAAGGGUAUUCAGGGCAUGCGAGCUACAAUGGAGGGGCAGAUGUUGCCCGUAAAAUCUUAAAACAAGAUGGAAUCCGCGGGCUAUACAGAGGAUUCGGUCUGUCUGUCAUGACUUAUUCGCCUUCUAGUGCUGUUUGGUGGGCCAGCUAUGGCUCUAGUCAACGUCUUAUAUGGAAUUUAUUAGGUCAUGGAAAUGAUAGCAAUGGAUCUCUUCCGACGCAAGGGACAAUUGUUAUGGUUCAAGGUGCGGGUGGAAUAUUUGCGGGGGCCGCAGCAUCUUGUGUCACAACUCCACUUGAUACUAUAAAGACUCGACUACAGGUAAUGGGACAAGAAAAGCGACCCUCUGCACGCCAAGUCAUCAAAACAUUGAUUGCGGAUGACGGUUGGAAAGGUUUCUAUAGAGGGAUUGGUCCGAGGUUUUUUAGCAUGUCCGCAUGGGGAACUUCCAUGAUACUCGCAUAUGAAUAUUUGAAGCGGAUAUGUGCUCAAGAUUUGUAGUUAGUGUGCAUCGACUACGCGUUUCAAUCCAUGGGGUUUGUUGGAUAUACUUUUGUGGUUCUUACUUGUUGAGGAUGCAUGCAUGUAUACAUAUACUCUAUUAUAUAGUGUCCGAAAUGGCACAAGGCUCUCUCUCUCUUUCUUUGGUUUACAUGAAGAGUAAGAAUUAGAUCACUUCACAUAAAAAAGCAAAUGUAUGGAUUCAUACAUCAUUCUUGAUUCUUUUAACCAUUUUUGACAUACUAGAAUUGAUUCGAUUCAAGGUUGUAUU